AUUCCAUGGCCUGGAUGUCGGUGCGCAUGCGCGAGCGCCUAGCUGCGCGCAGCCACGCACGCGACCCCAGUCUGAGGUGCGGGGUCCUGGGCCCGGCGCGGGUGGCCGCCGCGGCCCCUCGGGCUGCGUGGGGAGGGGGCUUCCGCCCCUGUUGUCAUUGCUCCUGCAGCCUCUUCGCUGGGACUGCGCGACACCGCCCCCCGACUGGGUGCCAGCUGUGUGCCAGGCCGGGUGCUGGGCACGGUCCCGUCUCUUAGCCCAUUCGGGCCUCCCCAGCCCCGCGAGUGCCCUAUAAGGACUGCCAGGCAAUAAUGAAGGUUCUUUUGCUGAAGGAUGCGAAGGAAGACGACUGUGGCCAGGAUCCGUAUAUCAGGGAAUUAGGAUUAUAUGGACUUGAAGCCACUUUGAUCCCUGUUUUAUCAUUUGAGUUUUUGUCUCUUCCCAGUUUCUCUGAGAAGCUUUCUCAUCCUGAAGAUUACGGGGGACUCAUUUUUACCAGCCCCAGAGCAGUGGAAGCAGCAGAGUUAUGUUUGGAGCAAAACAAUAAAACUGAAGUCUGGGAAAGGUCUCUGAAAGAAAAAUGGAAUGCCAAGUCAGUGUAUGUGGUUGGAAAUGCUACUGCUUCUCUAGUGAGUAAAAUUGGCCUGGAUACAGAAGGAGAAACCUGUGGAAAUGCAGAAAAGCUUGCAGAAUAUAUUUGUUCCAGGGAGUCCUCAGCACUGCCUCUUCUAUUUCCCUGUGGAAACCUCAAAAGAGAAAUCCUGCCAAAAGCGCUCAAGGACAAAGGGAUUGCCAUGGAAAGCAUAACUGUGUAUCAGACAAUUGCACACCCAGGAAUGCAAGGGAACCUGAACAGCUACUAUUCCCAGCAGGGGGUUCCAGCCAGCAUCACAUUUUUUAGUCCCUCUGGCCUCACAUACAGUCUCAAGCACAUUCAGGAGUUAUCUGGUGACAAUAUCGAUCAAAUUAAGCUCCUGGACGGAGGAGAGUUGCUGAAGAAGUUCGUGCAGGGAAGGAAUAAAGGAUCACACAGGAAUUUGAGAGCCAAAGUAAAGUGCAACUGCCCCCCCCCAGGCCCAGAGGGGCUAGCAGUGAGAACUGAAGAUGUUCCCUCUGGACCUUCCGGCCACAGCUCAUUGAUGAGACAUGUUCUCAGACAGUGUUAUAGAAGAGCUGGAGCUCCAGUAGGCAUCUUGGGCCCUGAGAUGACAUUGGGGAAAGAAAGUUUUCUGGAACAAGGUGACACUGUGGGCACAAAAACUAUCCCAACUCUAGACUUCUUGAGUGUAAAAGACAUAUCGACUUCUAUCUUGUUUAAGCCACUAUUACUACGAGAUUUUUUCUUUUACAAUCAAAUCUAAAUGAUAAAAUAAUCAAGUGAAUUGGUAGAGUAAACAUCAAGAUAAACCGUUUCCGAGUUUGAAUAAAAUGCCCUUUUAAGAAAAUCUUGGCCUGGUGCAGUGGCUCAUGCCUGUAAUCCCAGCACUUCAAGAGGCCGAGGCGGGAUGAUCACUUCGAGAUCAGCCUGGCUGACAUGGUGAAACCCCAUCUCUACUAAAAAUUCAGAAACUUAGCUGGGUAUGGUGGUGCACGUAUGUAAUCCCAGCUAUUCAGGAGGCUGAGACAGGAGAAUUGCUUGAACUUGGGAGGCGGAGGUUGCAGUGAGCCAAGAUGGCGCCACUGCACUCUAGCCUGGGCGAUAGAGCGAGACUCCAUCUCAAAAAAAAAAAAAAGAAAAGAAAAAGAAAAGUUUGGUUACUAGAAGUCCCUCAUAUACUUACUGUUGAAUCUUUUUAUCAAGUUCAAUUUUAAGCUGUGUAUUUGCAUAUUAUUUAUAGAUUUAUGCCUUGUGCAAUUAUAUAAAGUGUUUGAAAAGCAACUG